CAUGACAACACUGAGCACCUCCAUCUUUGACCGGUGGUCAUGUUGAUAUGACGUGUGUCGUGGGGCCGCAGCGGAUCUCUCCUGGAUGGAGGCAGCCUCCUCUUCCUCUCCGGACUCUGGGCUGAGGUUCAGCGGCUGCAGACACAGAGACGCUCGGGUGUUCGUCCUCCCGAACAACAACAUGGCUCCUCUGCAGCAUCCUCCUUCUCCUCCUCUGCUGCUCCUGCUCGCCUCCGCCCUGCUGCUCUCCUCUUUCCCCCUCACCGACGGCCGCUCCCCGCCCAUAGCCGACCUCAAGUCGAAGAUCUCCGGCGUGGAGGAGCUGCUGGAGGAGUUCAGGAAGCAGCUGCAGCAGCAGGACCGGGCCGGCGACGGGGUCGAGUCGUGCGCAGGCGACUUCAGCGCCGUCGGGGAGCGCAUCAUCCGCACCAAGGCCUCCAUCGAGCAGGGGGCCACCUUCCUGCUGGCCCCGGAUCGGGUGCUCACCUGGAGGGACUGCCUGCACUCCUGCUGCUCCCAGCCGCACUGCACCGUGGCGGUGGUGCAGGAGGAGCCGCGGCAGCCCGGCGACAGUCUCAGCUGUUACCUGUUCAACUGCACCUACCGGGGCAGGAGCGUCUGCUCCUUCGCCCCUCAGCCGGGAUUCACCACGUACACCAGGGCCCCCAACGCCACCGGCGCCCCGGGACAACUCCCUGCCUCGGCCGGAGGAUCAGCCAGGAGGCCCGGGGAGGAACUGGCCGAGGAGGACGGUGCACCAGAUGUGGAUGAGCCUCCUCGCAGCGACGCCGGACAGGACGUGGUGAUCCAGCUGCCCACAGACUGGGCCGUCCUGGAUGGUCGGGACAGCGUGGACGACCGCAGGAUCAGCCACUACGAGUGGACCCUGGUCAAAGGAGACACAGCCAUCAAUAUGAAGGCGACCCAUCCGGGGCUUCUGAAGAUCAGCGGUCUGCAGGAGGGCGUGUACACUUUCCAGAUGAUGGUCACCGACACAGCGGGUCAGAAGAGCUCCGACAACGUCUCUGUCACUGUGCUGGCACCCAAACACCAAGCAGAAGUUUGCACCGGUCACUGUUCAAACUACCAGUUCAGGUGCGAUGACGGCUGCUGCAUCGACAUCACCUACGCCUGCGAUGGGAAGCAACACUGUCCAGAUCGCUCCGACGAAGACUUCUGCCCGAACUUCGACAGCAACAGGAAGUCGGUGACCCACCCUGUGGACAUACCCAGUCCUCGUGGGUCUGGAGCCCGAACAGAGGGGGCAGAGGCUGGGCCCAGGCUCCGGGACGGACCCAGGAAGAACGUGGAGAACAUCGUGCAACCUGAGGACAGAACCAAGAUCGCUCCUCCUCAAAGUCCCAGCCAGCAGGGGACUUCAGUCAGUCAAGAUCCCUGUGCUGCAGCUCCAGUCGUCGGACCCUGUAAAGGAACCUUCCCUCGCUGGUACUACGACCAAAGCGCCGGCGAAUGCAAACACUUCCUGUACGGCGGCUGCCAGGGCAACCACAACAACUUCCUGCAGGAAUCAGACUGCGUCGGUGAAUGUAUACAAAAAAGUCCAGCUUUCAAACCAGCAACUGUGGCUCCUCCCAUCACCAGACAGACAGAGAUAGCUGCACCUAAAGUCUCCCAGAGCCAAGCAGAGAGCGACGUCCCCGUCUCUAAACCAUUGCCAGCAAAGGGAGGACAUCCUGUCCCGGAGUAUGGGGCAAUCCUCCCUCUGGCUCUCGGACUCAUCAUCACUGCUCUGCUGCUGCUCAUGAUCGGCUGUCGCCUCAGACUCGCUCGCCACAAGCUGAAGAAAACCCGGCCCCUGACCACGGAGGAGUCGGAUUACCUCAUCAACGGCAUGUACCUGUAGCCAACCGACCAGGGGCAGCGAAUAUUAAGAUCUGACGGAUGAGAAUCGCAGACGAUGUGGUCGUCAAACACAAAGAGCUUGAGCCAGGACUUUUUGAAAUUUGCACUCUGAAUGUCUCGUCUCUUAUUUGUCCUCACGUCAGGAAGGAAAUAUCUCUCUGGCGUCACGAACGUCUCUCUACACUGUCCACCUCCGACUGGUGAACCUGCUGCUGCUGUCAGAACCGAGUCAGACGCUUGUGAGUUCAUGCUUGUGCUGAAUCCGUGAUGAACGAGAAAGGAACUCAGUAGAACGCAUACCGAGCUUCAAUCGAGCUGCACCAAAUUACACACUCACAGAUAACAGUCCCCUAAACAUGACGGAUUAUUUUCAAUAUCCAUUAAUUAUUCUGUCAGAAAUCAACGUUGGAAUUUGUGUUAAUACUCUGGAGUGCCUGUUGUUGAAGUUAUUCUUUAAAUAUCCCAGAAUAAUAGUUACCGUAGUGAAUCCUGUCCAGUCCCACUCCUGCCUGGAUCUGUUGCAUACGUCUUCAUCAAGCAAACGUUUUUUUGUGGAGUACGUGCCUGUAUUUGCGCAGAUGUGUUUCCUCUAAGUGCUGUCUUACAUGUCAGAUAUUAAAGUUUAUUAUAUAUCGAAAAAUAUUGGUGUGAUGUGCUGACGAUGAUUUA